AUGAUGGCACGGAGUGAGGAAAAGACCAGCAAAGCCAUCGACAGCAUCAAGUCGGCCGUCCCAAGCUCAAAGGGUGAGCUCAUCUUCUUGAAGCUUGAUCUCUCCGACAUCCCCAGUGCCAAGGCUGCCGCCGAGGAAUUUCGACGCCGAGAGCAGAAUCUCCAUCUGCUUUUCAAUAAUGCUGGCGUCGGAUAUCCAGAAAAGGGUAGUAAAUCGAAACAGGGCUACGAGCUCCAGUUGGGCGUCAACUGUCUUGGAACUUUUACCUUUACAAAAGCCCUAACACCUGCCCUUAUUUCAGCCGCCAAAACUGCGCCAGCCAAUUCUGUUCGUGUUCUCUGGGUUUCUUCUUCAGCGGCUGAGGCUGUUUCGACCAAAAAUUACGUUGAAAACCUGUCUCAUGUGGAAAAGAUGGGAGCUUUUGAGCAGUACUGUGUCAGCAAGCUGGGAAAUUACUGGCACGCGGCUGAGUUUGCUGCCCGUUACAAGGACGAUGGAAUAGUUUCCAUUCCGUUGAACCCCGGAAAUCUUGAUUCAGAUUUUUGGCGCACUCAAGGUGCCCUAAUGACAUGCAUUUUGAGAAGGACACUUUUGUAUCCUCCUCUUUAUGGUGCUUAUACAAAUCUUUUUGCGGCUUUCUCUCCUCAAAUUACCAUUGAAAAAUCAGGCACUUUUGUUGCGCCGUGGGGCAAAUUCUGGAACGUCUCCAGGGAGAUGAUUGACGGCACCAGACCAGAGUCUCAAGGAGGUACCGGUAUUGCGGCCAGCUUUUGGGGAUGGACCGAGGCUCAGAUUGAGCGCUAUACCAGCUGA